AUGGCUGCCGUUAACCCGAGACAGCCUGUGUCGAUAUCGCAAGGCUCUGUCUCGCGGGAUGACGCAUCCGAGAUACUCGGCAGCAUCAGCAUGGCUGCCUUUCUCUGCCUCUUGAUACCACAACUUGCCGCCAACUACAAGUUGAAGAGCGCAGACAGCUUAUCUAUGGCAUUUCUGUUCAUUUGGCUUCUGGGCGAUGUUACCAACUUGUUAGGAGGUCUCGCAAACGGCAUCGCACCGGCCAGCAUAGCCGUGACAACGUACCUCUGCUUUUCGGACUCUACACUCAUCUGCCAGUGCCUUUAUUACAACUCCAAACGUCGCAUUCGGAACCUUGUGCACCCAAACACUCCAAGAUCGCAAUCUCCAGAGCACCGACCCCUCCUAGAGCCUGCAGACUCUUCCGAGGAUGUGAACUCUGUAGGCCAUUAUCAGGUUGCCUCCCCCAGAUCGACUCAAGUUGUGGACAAGGACGAGGAAGACGCGAUUGGCACGGUACGGACUCUGCACGACUGGCGCUUUAACGCGGCAUGCCUUCUUAUGGUCGCAAUCCUGGGAGUCUCGGGGUGGUUUGUGCUUCGCCAGUUUGGGAUUGUUGGCGGUGAGAAGCCUCCUGGAGCCGUACGCAUUACAGACUUGCCAGGCAUUUCCGAGUCGGUCGGUUCGGCAUUAGGAGUUAUUGGUGCCAUCUGCUAUCUGUGCGCCCGGAUUCCACAAAUCAUCAAAAACUACAGGGGAAAGUCAUGUGAAGGUCUCGCGCCGCUAUUUCUGCUCCUGUCCAUAACUGGGAAUUUGACGUAUGGAAUGAGUGUCAUUGCUUACAAGCAAGACAGAGAGUAUCUGCUUACAAGCCUACCGUGGCUGAUGGGCUCACUCGGGACGAUUGUAGAAGAUGGCAUUAUCCUGUUUCAAGUUCGACUGUACUCGCAGGUCCAACAGUCAGUAGAGUCGAACGACUCUUGA